UUUUGAAGUAGCUCGCUACUGUAGUCUUUGUUGUUUGGUUUGUGGAUUGCUUACAUUAUGUAUACAUCAUUAUCUAGACUUUAGGGGAUAAUCAGGAUUCAUCUAGAAACAAUUCUGAAACUGCGGGUAACGUAGAAAAAAUGGACUGUGACCAAGAUGAUCAGAGUAUGCUCUUGGCAAUGGUAAUAAAUAUACCAACACCUCCUGGACCACAAUGUUACUGUAUGAUGCCACGUGAUUAUAGCAGACCGGAUUUUCAGUGUAGCGUCUGUUAUAAGUGGUUUCACCUGGAAUGUAUUGCUUUCAACAUAGGGAAAGCUUUACCAUUUCUUACUGCAUACCACUUCAUGUGUAAAAGGUGCAAUGCUAUUGGAGAGGAGGUUUUUUCUAGGAAGCAGGCUAAUUUUACCGUUAUGUGUCAAACGGCUUUGGCAAAUUUAAUGCUGAGGCAUGGUGGUCGUUUAUACUUUAUGGAAACUAAGGAACUCAUACCAUUUCUUGAGGAAUGUUGGGAAGAACUCACAACACAGCCAAGGAAGUCCAAUAAUUCCUGGUAUCCGAACAUCCAUAAAACUUUGACUAGUAGUGAUGUUUUCAAAACUGUACAAACGCCAGACGAUCUUUACGUGUGCUUAUCAAAUACGGACCUCACAAAAAUUGGUCCGAGUUAUGACCGAUUUCGUGCUCUUACAAGCCAGUUGCGGACGAAUAUUACUAAACUGGGUGUCCCGUCCGCAAACAUUCCCACCAAUGUGUCGCAAAAUCAGUCUUCUUUGUCGGGGGCUAGCUUUGAUGCUGUAGAUCAGUUCCUGCAUCAUUCGUCAACUGGCAACCAGUUUCCUUUCAGUGGUGAAACUGAUGUUGUGGAUCAACCUACUUGGCGUAAACGCAGAUCUCCAGGUAGUGGUUUAUUCGGUGGAAUGGGCACUUUUUCUGUAACAUCUUUUAUGCCUGGCGCAUCUUUGGAAGGUAAAAUUUCUAUUACUGAAAUUUCAACGUUCCCUGGUAUGAGAGCUUCUGCGUCAUCCAAUGAAGUAAAUAAUGCUUCUCCAAGUGGCUUGGUGCGUUCAACCCGCCGAGCUACUUCAGCAUCUGUUCUUGGUGGGACUACCGCAUUGAGUGGAGCUGCAGUUUCUGAUGAAGGACGUGUAAAAUUAAAUGCUUUGGGGUUCCCAAUAGAUCAUGCGCUAAAUAGAGAGGGAUAUCGUUACAUUUUAGUUGAACCAGACAAGCAUGCUCCUGGUCGAGAGCAGUGGGAUGAAUGUGAAUUCACAGCUGGAAAGCCCAUACCUGGCUUAUUUUACCGUGUGUUUAUAUGCUCACAAGUGGUCUUGUCUCUGAGUGAUCGUGCGAAUCACUUGAAAGUACACGAAUCUCAGUUAUCAGUUACUGGUGAUAAAGGCUACUGUAUGUGUCGAGCCACUCACAGCGUUCACUCGGGUACCUGGUAUUUUGAAGCAAUCAUCACAGAACAACCAGAAGGUUCUGCAACUCGAAUCGGCUGGUCUCAAAUGUAUGGUAACUUACAAGCACCUUGUGGUUUUGACAAAUUUAGCUAUUCCUGGCGUUCACGUCUUGGCACUGUAUUUCAUGAAUCUCACGGUAAACACUAUACGAAUGGUGGAUAUAAAAAGGAUGAUGUCAUUGGAUGUUUAAUUCAUUUGCCGCCAACAGUUGGCCCUUUCACAUCGAUAGAAAACCAAGCGUCAAAACCUCCUACACCUCAAUUGAAUCCAUUUUCUCCCAUUAUGGAUGACCUUCGUGCUAGCAUAACUGGUACGCUUAACUCAAAGAAUUCAAUGAUGAAUUGUAGUAAUAAUAAUUCACCUGCACCUACUUUUCUUCCUGAAACUUACAAAGACCGUCCUUUGAUCAGGUUUCGGAGUUCCUUCUACUUUGAAGAAAAAGAUGAUCCAAGUAAAGCUGAGAAAUCAUUGCAUCCACUGCCGGAUAGUAAGAUCGUAUUUUAUCGUAAUGGCGAGUGUAUGGGAACAGCUUUCACGAAUAUCUACGCGGGUAGUUAUUAUCCAGCAAUAUCAAUAUUCAGGGCAGCCACAGUUUCUGUCAAUUUUGGUCCAUCCUUCAAAUAUCCCCCGAAUGAUUUUCCAGACUGGCAACCGAUGUCCGCUCGUGUUGUAAGCGCUUCUGUUGAACAGACUCUUGCAGAUUUGAUUUAUUUAGUAGAAAAAGAAGGAUUUGUUGAAAGUACAAUCAAUUCAUGUGUUCCGAGACUGCGUUAACAGCUUAGCGAGAGAGAGAAAUUAUUACCUUUAUUGCUUUAUUAUAUAUAUAUAUAUAUAUAUAUAUAUAUAUAUUCCAUCUUCUAUUUUGACAAACAACACAUUUUUACCUUGAAUUCAUCAUCCAUCCCGUUAAUAACACACUGAAUGUGAAGUACACUCAUGUCAGGGGUUUGCAUUAUUUUCAUUCGCGAACUCUCAUGAGUUUAUUUACAAUUAACUUCUUACUGUAUAUUAUUAUUAUUACUAUUAUUAUUAUUAUUUGGAUCUUUGUGACGCACUUUUUUAUGUCUUGAAAUAUGAAAUGUAGAACAUAACAGUAUAUAUAUUGUACAGAAGAAUGCAUAGGUACACUUGCCUCUAUCCAACAUUACUGGAGGAAUAGAAAUACUGCAUAAAAAUUACAAAUGAAAGGAUAUUUUAACCCUUCAAAACUGUACUUUGUGUCUGUGUGUGUGUAUCGAAAUUUUAGCGAUUCAGUCUUUUCUUUUUUUUGUGCAAUGUGUCAUUUUAGUGAUUUCGGUGUAUUUUCAACUUUAAUGUUUCAAUAUUUUUUUGUGUGUAGAAAUUGAUUACUUGUCUUACUUGUCUUUGCUUACACUAUCAACUAACUCUAUGGAAUCCUUGUGAUAGCACCUGGCUGUUUCAUAGAUGUAUUAUGCAUGUAUGCAAUAUGUAAUUAGCUGUUCGUAUUUCUUUGUCUUCAUUAUUUCGAUGAUUAGGAUUACAGAUUCCAAUGUCUAAUUCACUGAGGAAAAUAUUUAUAUACUGCAGUUUUCUAUGUUUAUUAACAAAUCAAAAGUAUGUGGAACUUUUGAAAGUACACUGUCCUCUGUCAGCUUCUUUGAACAAUGAAUAAAAAAAAUAAAGUGUGUUGGCCUA